AGCACGCGCUUUGCGGCGUCACAAGUCGCGGUGUUUGAAUUUAGCACCAACCAGCUGUGGUCUGCACUCAGAGCCAAGCCUCUCUGCCACAGACUAAGUGUACUUGGCGGAGCCAGCACAACUAGUUAACAGCCAGCAUAGCCACGAGUAGAGAUAUUUCAAUCGAUCGCUCAACCACUUUUGAUCAUUCCACCUUCCGCCGGCACGCCGCUUACUCACGUAGCCCAGACGUUAAGCAAGCCACCUGAAAACAAAAUCUCAUACUAGCAAUGUCGAGAGUCUCGCAACACUCAUGCGCACUACUAUAACACGAUAGCGGUGACUUCGAUCAGUUUCAGUUUGUUUGUACAACCUGGACAUGGCAGUUAGUCGAUGAGUGAGUGGCGCUGAAGCCAGUAACGCGCAAUAUUUUAAUACGACACAAGCCAAAAAUAAAUUCCAAAUAAAAGUGACAAAAGAAUUACUAACGAACACGGGCAUAUGACAUAUUUGUGAUAAAUACCUUCAGUCCGAUUUUUCUUCGGCGUUGAUGAGCUGUGCAUUCGUGUUUCUAGCUUGAUUAAAUACGAUUGAGGUGUGACGAAAAAAACAGUUAUUUUCGCAGCUUCCCGCGAAUUCCGCGCUUUGGCAGUGGCAUUCGCCUCAUCGGUCUGCCGGCUUACGAGUGCGCGCUUGAAAGGAAGUAUUCACACACGCACACAACCACGCUUUUGUAAGCUCACUAACACAUGCGCGCACCUUGAAACAUCGAUGCAAAAAUUUGGUUGUGGAAAAAUUUCACCCGAGCUGAGAUGCGAUUUGAAAAUUUAAGCACAAACUGGCGGCAUGCGUGGAUCUGGCUACGUAAAGUGUAGAGUUUUCUUUAAAAUCUUAUUAUAUAGUUGCUCAUUUCAUGCAUAUUCCUUUAAGGAAUGAAAUUAAUAAGAACAACAAGUGCUUUAACACAAUUAAUCUAGAGUUGGCGGGCGAAUAUAACAGAACUUUGAACUACAAGUAUUUCGACGCAAUAGAGUGUGAAAUUUCGUAAAUUUUAAAGCUCUGACUCGAUUGUGCUCUAUUGUCAGCCACUAAGCAAGCAAGAUUAUGUUUGAAUACUAGAAAGCGAUAAUCGGAUAAUGAAAUAAUAAACAUGUACGCGCUUGAAAUUUUGCUAUUUUAUGUUUUCUCUGCUUUAGUGUUUUGGUGUUGGAAGUUAAGUUAAUAUUAUUUAUGUGUGUGUGUGUGCAAGAUGAUGAAUUUAUAAGAAAGAAAAAUAUUCUAAAUAUUUUAUUAAAAUUUAAGCAAAAUAAGACAAAAAUAUUAUAUAUAAUAAAUAUUAUUCGCCAAAAACAUCUAAUAAUAUGUAUGUAAAUAUAUUGUAUAUAAUACAUAAUACGUGUUCAGUGUGGCAAAAAUAUGAUUAAGCUGGUUAAAGAAUGAAGUUUCACAUUUGUGCUAAUGGGAAAAGUAAUUACAACUAAUAACAGCUACUUUAUGGAAAUACAAUUAAAUAUUGUAUAAUUUUUUUUGUACUUCUUCAAGUUUAUCGAAAUUUUCGAAGAAGCUCUUAGUGUUUUUAAUUUUGUGUAAGUUUUCGGAACUUUUAAGUUUUUGUACAAUAAAUAUUUGAGGAAUCUGUCUUUAUGGGAAAGUGUAAAACGCAAACUUGAGGCAUGCCCAGGAGAUUUUGUUUUGUGAAAAAUUCCCAGAAAAUUUGGAAAUUUCCUGAAAUGUCAUUUAAAUUAUUUUUUGGAUUUGGUUGAAAUGUGAAAGGCUUUUGACUUUAAGCACAGCCAUUUAUUGUGCAAUAAACACUGAUAUUUUUAAGUACUUAACUCGAUUAUUGUAUCUUCUGUCAUUGUACGCAAUAAAUCUUUAUUACAUUAUCAUUAAUUAAUCCUCUUUUGCUGAAACAUUUUGAUUUUCUGUUUAUCUUGGAUAAGCCAACUUAAAUUUUCAAAUCUGUUUCAACUUAAAUUUUCAAAACUGAUUUAAAAGUCGUGCUCAGCAACAAAACAUUUAGAAACAAAGUUUUGUUUACACAGAGAGAGCCUCGAAACCCCCAAAAACUCAAUCCUCAAACAAAAAAUCUUGAAUAUAAAAAAAUUGCCAAACUCAAAAAGUAACAGUGCAUAAAGGAGUGUGACGCGAAAGAACUAUGGACACCCUGAUGUAGGAUCGACCAGGAUUAUUCCAUUGAAGCGCGGCCGAAGACCGGUGCAAUUCAAAUCGAUACCGCCAAAUUUAAUGGUACGAUGGCGCAACAAUAAUGCGGACGCCAUGAUAGAGGCCCAAUAUCCGACACCCGGUGAAUUCGAGUAUAUGGAGUGCGGACCCUCGCCGCCAGCCGAAAGUGCACCCAGUAUGUAUGAUAGCUUCGAGGAGCCUACCAGCGAGCUAAGCGUACAAAUUUGCAACGACACUCUGCGCAUCAGUCUAAUCGACCAGAUGAAGAGCGCCGCAGGACGGGUGCGUUUCCUAGAGGAUAUUGAACAGGGCAACGUGAUUAAAGAUAACACCAAAGCACAUUUCGAAUCAGCAUCGAAAAUCGAAAAGAAUCUCAGCUACUUAUGGGCAGCGUUCUUGAAACGCUGGGACUUACUGCAAAGUUUCCUAGACAUUGGCGCUGAAUUGAAUUUCUGUGAUCAAAAUGGCAUUUCGGCUUUGCAUUUGGGCGCCUUCAGUGGCUGCUUAUCGACAUUAAGUUUCCUAGUCGGCCAGUCUAUGAAUGUGAACCUACAACCAAAAUGUUAUACGCCGCUACAUUGCGCGGCUUUCGGCAAUUCCGCCGAAGCGGCUAAGUUUCUAAUCAAUAAUGGUGCACUUAUCACCAUCGACACAAACAAACCCAACUGUGAAGAGAGUCUACUGCACUGUUCUGUGCGCGCCAAUGCACUCGAAUGCGUGAAACUGUUCAUUGUAGAGGGCGCAGACGUAAAUUCUUUGAAACCAAAUGGCACGAAUGCGAUACACCUGGCUGCAGAUUUGGGCAACGCGCAGUGUUUGGAGGCGCUGUUGAGUGCACCUGGUGCCGAUGCCAAUGUGCGGAUAUGCAUACGGGAAAAGGAGUCGACAGCGUUGCAUUUGGCCGCGGAUGAGGGCAAUGUUGAAUGUGUCGACCUACUACUGGCAAAGGGUGCUGAUGCGAAAUUGAAGAAUCAUCGCGGCUUCACAGCCUUGCAUUUAGCAGCGCGCACCUCUAGCCUUGAAUGUGUGGAAUCCCUGUUGCGUAACGGUAAUGCCGAUCCCAAUGCCGAAGACUUCGAUCAUCGUACACCAUUGCACGCGGCGAUAGGCAAAUCGGAGAAUGCCUUUGAUAUACUCGAGACACUAAUACAAUGGGGAGCCAAUGUGAAUCAUAAAGAUAUUUAUGGUUUCACCGCCUUACAUUUAGCCGCGCUCGACGGCUUGGCGCAAUCCGUAGAAAUGCUGAUCUUUCACGGCGCGGAUGUGACAACGAAAUCAAAAAAGGGCACUUCAGCGUUGAAUGUCAUCACGCGUAAGACGCCCGCUUCGGUGGCGAUGAUACGCCAAAAACUGGAUGCCGCCAUUACACUGCACCACUCACAGGACCCUGUCAACCGCGAGGUAGAGUUAGAACUUGACUUUCGGCAGUUAUUGCAGCAUUGUCAUCCACGUGAGAUAAGUUAUCUCAAUACAUUUGUGGAUGAAGGCCAGAAGGAAAUACUCGAGCAUCCAUUGUGCUCCUCGUUUUUGUACAUCAAAUGGGGUAAAAUACGUAAAUACUAUAUUGGUCGGCUUAUCUUCUGUUUCACUUUCGUGCUCUUCCUCACAUUAUACGUACUCACAGCACUCGCACACAAUUGCUAUAACGGCAGCAAGGACGACAACACGACCAUUCAGGCCAAAGAGCUUUGCCAAAAGCAGUCCAUACUCGGCGAUAUGCUGCGCAAUAAUCCCUUCGUCAUGGAAAUGCAAUGGUGGGUAUUGGUCGCUAUCACAAUCGUUGAGAUAUUUCGCAAGCUAUACGGUAUAACGGGUUAUUCAACAUUCAAACACUAUGUGACACAGGUGGAAAAUAUAAUGGAAUGGUUCGUCAUAACUAGCGUCUUUAUCAUCUCCUACAUAUACACGAACAAGACAUAUACCUUUCAGAACCACAUAGGCGCAUUUGCGGUUCUAUUGGGUUGGACAAAUCUGAUGUUGAUGAUUGGUCAAUUACCAGUCUUCGAUGUCUAUGUGGCGAUGUACACACGUGUACAAGGUGAAUUCGCAAAACUUUUCAUGGCUUACUCGUGCAUGCUGAUCGGUUUCACGAUCAGUUUUUGUGUGAUUUUUCCCUCAUCUUCUUCAUUCGCUAACCCCUUCAUGGGAUUCAUCACUGUUCUAGUAAUGAUGAUCGGCGAACAAGAUCUUUCAUUGUUGAUCAACGAUCCCGACGGCAAGGACCCGCCAUUCUUAUUGGAAGUGAGCGCCCAGAUAACAUUUGUGCUAUUCCUGCUCUUCGUGACAAUCAUACUGAUGAACUUAUUGGUCGGCAUAGCCGUGCAUGACAUACAGGGCUUAAAGAAGACCGCAGGCCUCUCGAAACUGGUGCGCCAAACUAAACUCAUAUCGUACAUAGAGUCCGCACUCUUUAACGGUUAUCUACCACCUUGGCUACGCAAUCUCCUACACUAUACGGCACUUGUCUCGCCGCAGGCCUACCGCGUCGUGUUGUGCGUAAAACCGCUGAAUCCCAGCGAAAAGCGUUUACCACGCGAAAUACUAAUGAAGGCGUACGAAGUGGGAAAAAUGCGAAAACAUUUCGGACAUACAAUUUCGGCGAAAGGAACAGCCGCGACUUAUUUGCAAUACAAAAAUAAAUAUAAUGACAAUCAAACGCAAAACUAUUCAAUGGAUGACUUGGAAACGGCACAUUUUAACACGCUAACGACGAAAAUCGACGAAAAUACAGAACGCAUUGAAUUCCUUACGCAGGAAAUUCAGGAACUGAAGCAAGCGCUCAUCACACAACAGCAGCAGGCGAGCAAAGUGAUCGAUAAACUAUUGAUUGUGAUUUCAAAUCAGCAAAAGAAUAAUUUAAGGAAAUAAUUAAAAGUGACAACAUAAGCGGAUUUCAAAUAAAAUGGAAUAUUGUUUAGUUAUUAUAUUAUUAUUAACAAUAUAUAAUAUAUAUAUAUAUAUAUAUAUCUGUAUGUUUGUACAUUUUUUUAUUAUUAUUUGUUAUUUAUUUAGUGCAGAGAAGACCGGAGUGGGCGAGCGCGGACAGAAACCAGCAUUAAGUUAUGCCAUCUAUACAAUUAGAUAAUCUAGGCAUGGCUAUAUAAAGUAGUUAGCAUUAUUAAUAAUCAUUAAUAUAACAUACGAGUAUUUAUAAUAUUUUUACUUUUACACAGUACAAACUUAUGUACUGUGUAUAUUAUGUAAAAUUUUGUUUCGGAACUUUUCGGCAAAAAAAAACGCAAUUUGGCAAUUUUAUUUUGUAGAACUCUAAUAAGGCAUACGUAGAUGAAAAACCAAAGCAGUAUUGAAUAAAACGUUUGAAAUCUGUUUUCCUUUAUUA